UCACUCUUAAAUCAUUAGGCGAUCCUCUUCCUCGUCCGGACUCAUGACUGUUUGUUUUGCCUUAUGUCCAACUCUUUGAGAUGUAAUGAAAGUCUAAAUCCACGGUGUUAUGGUGUUCCUCUGCAGACCAGAAAGUGGUUCCGUUGUUCCAGGAGGAGGACAGCCAGCAGAGGGCGCUCAUAGGCCUGAUGGUGGACAAGCUGAGAGAGCACCUCAACAGACACCUGCCUCGUCUGGGGAAGAAGAAGAUCGACGUGCUGGUGGUGAACUACGUGGCCAAGCUGCUGGAGCUGAUCAGACGCAUGCUGGAGUCUGUGUGGCUGAAGUACAAACUAGGCCCUCUGGUGCUGUGCUUAAAGCAGCGGGGGAGUUCAGCAGAGUGGGCCGUGUUUCACGUGAUGUGUCGGAUACUGGAGGCUACAAAGACUCUGUGUCUCCCCCUCCCUCCUGGGUAUCACACUCUACUGUCCGUGUUGGGGGUUCGCUGUCUCCCCAGACACACCUUCCUGCAGUACGUUGACCAUGGUGUGCUGCAGCUCACAGAGACCUUCGUCUCACGACUCAUGACAGAUCUAGACAACAGUGAUGCCAACGAGGAGCUGAAGUUCAGCAUUCUGAAGAGACUACCAGAGUCCAUGGAGCAGAGGAUCUGUCACCUGUGGGAUCACCCCAUCAGUUCAGCCUGUAUCUCCAGAGACUAUGUCAGAGGCCUGCUGGAGAAACACGACAAAACCAAAGGUUCUAUGUUCAUGGAGAGAGAUGAGCCUGGCUUCAGGCCUGAGUUCCUGCCUCUCACCUUCCUGACCAAAAUUCUGUUGGAUGUGGAAGACCGAGCUCUGAACCCUUUUGAGGAGCAGGAGAAUGUGGAUGCCAGGUUUGUGGAGGAGACGGCUCUGAAACAGACUCUGAUCCUGCUGGGCUUCCAGGACAAGUGAUGGAGGGAGGGACCGAGGUGAAGGGAGACCAGAUGGAUGAGGCUCUUACAGUAAGAAGGGAAGUUCUCUGGAAGGUGUCUGAAUUUCCACAACAUGUGUCCUGUACGAUGCCGGUAUAUUUCCAUUUCAGAGGAACUGAAGCAUGGUUAGAUUUCAGGAAUAACACCGUUGUGUGGAAUACAGGAAAUGUGUUGAUCAGGUACAAUAAUAAACAGGAAAAGGGAUUUUUGUCGUCAUGUUUACACGUGUAAAAGCCAUAUUGUAUCAAUGAAACACGAAAUAAAAUAUUUGUUGCAUGUUUCUAACAA